AAUGAUAAAAUUUGGGAUUUAACGCAUUAAACGCGCCACCUCAGUCCACACGGCGGAGUCGGCAACGACACCACCGGGAAGAGAGGCGGGAGAGAGAAAGGGGGGAGAGAAGAUGUAUUGCUGGGUUCGUGCAUCUCCUUCAAAUUCCAGCGGAGUUCCUCCGCAACCUCGUAGUGGGCACACCGCGGUGAACAUCAGACAAUCGAAGGUGGCGAUUUUUGGAGGGCUGGUAGAUAAGACAUUCGUCAGCGACAUUACUGUUUAUGACAUUGAGAAAAAAUCCUGGUUUCAGCCAGAGUGCUAUGGCAGUGGCUCUGAUGGCCGAGUAGGGCCUUGCCCACGAGCAUUUCAUGUUGCUAUUGCAAUUGACUGUCAUAUGUUCAUUUUUGGUGGGAGGUCUGGCAGUAAAAGGCUAGGCGACUUUUGGGUCCUGGAUACUGAUAUCUGGCAAUGGUCUGAACUUACAAGUUUAGGUGACCUGCCUUCAGCAAGAGAUUUUGCAGCUGCUUCAUCCAUUGGAAAUAGUAAAAUUGUUUUGUAUGGUGGCUGGGAUGGUAAAAAGUGGUUGUCUGAUGUCUUUAUUCUGGAUACAAUUUCUCUUGAAUGGACAGAGUUGUCUAUUUCAGGAGCUUUACCUCCACCAAGAUGUGGCCAUUCUGCUACUAUGGUCGAGAAAAGGUUGCUUGUCUAUGGUGGUAGAGGAGGUGGAGGGCCAAUCAUGGGUGAUUUAUGGGCGUUGAAGGGCCUAAUUGAAGGAGAUAGUGAAACACCUGGAUGGACCCAACUGAAACUUCCAGGGCAAGCUCCAACACCUCGCUGUGGCCAUACUGUUACAUCUGGAGGGCACAAUCUUUUGUUAUUUGGAGGGCAUGGAACUGGUGGGUGGUUGAGUCGUUAUGACAUUUAUUACAAUGAUUGUAUUGUCCUGGACAGAGUGUCUGUACAAUGGAGACGCCUAUCGACGAACAACGAUCCCCCUGAUGCUCGAGCUUACCAUUCAAUGACAUCCAUUGGAUCCCGGUUUUUAUUAUUUGGUGGUUUUGAUGGGAAAUCAACUUUCGGUGAUUUGUGGUGGUUAGUUCCAGAAGAGGAUCCAAUUGCAAAGCAGGUAACAUCUCCUUCUAGGCAUGACACCGAAAACGAAUUUGUUGCCGUGUCGCGAAGUCAAUUCCCUUCAGAAGACAACAAGGAAAGCCGCAGGGGAGAAUCUUCUGUCUUGGAAUUGCAGAAAAGGCUACAACUUUCUGUUUCACUUUCAAAUCCAAAGAGAAUGGUCGAUGUGGCAGAGGAUAGGGAAUUUAUUGAACUAGCAUCUCAGAUGGUUGGAGGGGCUCUAGACGGCAAACAGGCUACACAAGUACUUCGCGAGCACUGGAGGAAUGCUUUGCCAAAAUCAAUUCAAUUGAAGGAACUUGGCCCAUUACUAAGAGAUUAUCAGCGGCUGGUUGCCUUAAGUCAAAAACAAAAUGUUGAAUCUUUUUUACAGUUGCUGGAUCCCGGCCUUCUCAGAAAGGAGAUCUAUCGAUUUUAUCACAUCAGAGAUGUUCAUCAGUUGCGGAUGGAUGAUAUUCCACACUUGCUUGAAGAAUACAGACAACUACCCAAUGUGGGAGUAAAUUAAUACUACAAUGUAUGUAUAAGAUGAAUUGAUUCCUGAUGCAUCAACUCUACACUCAACAAAAGUAAUGUAAAAGUUUGUAAUGAAAUUAAAAAAAAUAGUAAAAGAUACUUGUAGCUAUUGUACAUCUACCCUUUGGCUUGGUUUAUUUAUUUUUUUAUUUUUAACAUCUAGUUUUCUAAAUAGAAAACCUUUAAUUUACAAUACUAGGCAAAUGUCUGAUCAAUUCAGAUAAGAGGUCUUAACCAUUCAGACUCUGUAUAAUACUUAACCAUUCAGAGGCAAAUCUCUUAACCAUUCAGACAUCUGAACCAUUAAGAGGCUGAAACAAACAAAUAUUAAUUUUAUAUUUUAAUAAUUACUUCAUAUAUACAUUAGAAUAAAUAUUUACUUUAUAUAUACAUUAAAAAGUAAUUAAAUUUAGAUAAUCAAUAUAUAGAAAGAUAUUAUUUUUAUUAAAAUAUCUCAUCCUUAUAAAAAAUCAAAACUUUAGAAACUCAAAUUAUAGGUAGCAAUAAAAAUGUAUGUUAAAAGUAUAAUUAGAUUGACAUUGUCAAUGUAUUUUAAAUAUAAUUUUUCCGAUGUCUAAUAAUUAAGUACUCUCUCCGUCCCAAAAAGUUUUUCCUGUUUCAUUUUUUGCACAUCCCAUAAAACACUUCUACCGACAUCUAAAAUGCCUAAAAUUUACAACAUUUCUUCUUUAUUGUGGGUAGAAGUUAUUUUGAAAGUUUUUUUGGCAUUCAAGACGGGAUCGAAGUGUUUUAUGGGACGCGCAAAAAUUAAACAGGAAAGACUUUU